AUCUCAACACUCUAUGAUGCCGUCGUUUUUCAAGUAUAAAUCCACGUCUUCCAGUUGCCCAAAACCGCACGUUGCUGAUUUAGCUUCAGAUAUCCGAGGUGGCUUUCUCUUCUAGGACUGAAGCUCAUGUCAGAUGCCAGGCAUCAGCAGCACUGUUAUCCCCAGCAUCUGACGGUAAACAGAUUAGCCCCAUCCAACUCUGUGAUGUCAACAACUCGUCCAUCUCGGGCACUUGCCAAGCCAAAACUCAACCAGCUGCUCACACCUCGGCGAUCUUGCAACAGGGUCUCGAUGUUGAUAUAUACCCCAUGCCUACUCGCCUCUUUGGCUCCUUGAUUCUCCCACAAACCAUACACUCGUUUAAGCUAUCCCAGCACACCUCUUGCCGCCCGCGCUCUUUAACCCGUCAGCAUGUCGCUCGACACGCGGCUCCCUGUGCCCCAUUUCGAGUUCCCCGCCCCUGCGGUUCCCAAACAUCUCUACGAUGGCCCCCUUGCCAGGAACAAUACUCCACUCUCCACCCUCGGAGAGCCUGGCAGCCCUACGUCUCUCUGGGACGAGCUCACGACCUACUACAUGCUCCCGUUUGGCGUCAUCGGCCUCGCCGCCGACCUACUCAGCUUCUACAUCGCCUUCACGCUGAGCCACGGCCGCACGCCGCUGUAUCCCAAGCGCCAGAUCCGCUUCCGCGUCUGGUCGACCGUCGCUACCUGCCUCUGGGGCUUCGGCAUCCUGGCUCUCACCAUCGCCAACAUGUAUAGAUGCCACUACAACCCGCCCCUGAUCGCCGUCAGCGCCGGCCUCUUGGGCGUACGCCUCCUGUGGCUUCUCCCCGCCGACGUCAUGCACCUGGUCUUUGGCCGCGUGGGCCAGCUCGGCCGCGGCAAUUCCCCCAACGCACCCAAAUCCCAAUCUUCGUCCGCUGCUGCUGCUCCUGCCGUGGGUGCCAAGGAGAUCGAGAUCGAGCUCGAAGACCAGCGCCAGAGCCUCGACGCCCUGUCCACGGUCGCCCUGUCCACGGUCGCCCUGCGCCCCGACGAGCAAGCCGCCGCGGCCCGCACAGAGACCCCGACGCCCACCCCGAACUGGAAGUACGCGCUGAUCAUCGGGGCCGGCGCGCCGUGCGUGGGCAUGCUACUCGCGGGGCUGUGGGCCAUAGAGGGUUGGUGGCUGACCGCGAGCUCGCGCAACAUGCUGAUCCUCAUGGUCACCGUCGGCGCCGUCCUGACCGCGCUGCGCGCCGUCCCGCCGCUUGUCGUCGAGCGCCGCAAGCAGACCACGCCAACGAGCUGGCUGAGCGCCGUGCUGUUUGUCACCUCCGUCUUCGUCACCAUGACGGGCCUGUCCACCGUCGGCUUCUCCCACUUCUGGAUCACGGAUAUGCUCGAGACGGACAGCACCGGCCUCCUCCGCUGGGAGAUCCUCGAGUGGCCCGAGGUCGUCCGCUACUGGCUGUACGUCGCCUUGACUGCGUUGCCGCUGGCUGCGUUUUAGAGUGG